CAGGUAAUCCUAUCACUGGUAACCUUACAGCACAGCUCUAACAACUCAUCAUCUUGCGGUAUGAGGAGAGAAAACGGCGCAAUGAUGAGGCCCCAGAGAGGAGCCAGGUGACAGAAUGCCAUUCAUCAUUAGGGGAAGACCCCUGAGGGGGGCUCAGAAUGCCAGCAAUAGAAGGACCACUCCCUCCACUGACGCCUCGGCCCUCUGCUCAGAAAGCCACACCCAUCUGCACCAGCUCUAUCCACCAGACCAACUCCAGGCUCCUGCCAGCACUGGGAAGCCAGUUGGCUCCUGUCAUGGCCUCCUCGGGGCCAGUAGUGGCAUUCAGGUUGCUGGUGGCACUGCCCCCGGUGUCAGCCCGGUCCUCGCUUGGCACGCCGCCAUUAGUGCUGCUCGCCAAGCACAAGGCGAUACUGCAAAGCAGGACACAAGUUUACAGCCUUCAGUUUGCACCACUGGACCAGCUCCUGUAGGAUCACUGGCACAGAGGAAGAGGCAGCAGUAUGCCAAAAGCAAAAAACAAGGAGGAUCUACCAACAGCAGGCCACCCAGAGCUUUGUUCUGCCUCACACUCAACAACCCGAUCCGCAGGGCCUGCAUCAGCCUGGUGGAGUGGAAACCAUUUGAUGUCUUUAUACUGCUCUCUAUUUUUGCCAACUGUGUGGCCUUAGCCAUCUACAUCCCCUUCCCUGGAGACGACUCCAAUUCUACCAACCAAGAACUGGAAACAGUAGAAUAUGCCUUCCUCAUCAUUUUCACCAUAGAGACAUUUCUGAAGAUUAUUGCCUACGGCCUGGUCAUGCACCAAAACUCUUAUGUCAGAAAUGGUUGGAACCUGCUGGACUUUGUCAUUGUCAUUGUUGGGUUGUUCAGUGUUGUUCUGGAGAUGAUAACCAAAGAUGCUGACUCUGGUGGACAGUCUGGAGGCAAACCUGGGGGGUUUGACGUCAAGGCCCUAAGAGCCUUCCGUGUCCUACGACCCCUUCGCCUUGUUUCUGGAGUUCCCAGUUUACAGGUGGUUUUAAACUCCAUUAUUAAAGCCAUGGUUCCCCUGCUUCACAUCGCUCUGCUUGUCCUCUUCGUCAUCAUCAUCUACGCCAUUAUUGGCCUGGAACUCUUCAUUGGCAAAAUGCAUGCCACGUGCUAUGUGAAACAAACAGGUGCCCUUGCAGAAGAAGAGCCCAAACCAUGUGCUGUAUCAGGACACGGUCGCCAUUGUCUGCUCAAUGGUACAGUCUGCAGAGAGGGAUGGCAAGGUCCCAACAAUGGCAUCACCAACUUUGACAAUUUUCUGUUUGCCAUGCUCACUGUGUUCCAGUGCAUCACCAUGGAGGGCUGGACUGAUGUUCUCUACUGGAUGAAUGAUGCGAUGGGCUUUGAGCUGCCUUGGGUUUACUUUGUCAGUCUGGUCAUUUUUGGAUCCUUCUUUGUCCUCAACUUGGUCCUCGGUGUGUUGAGCGGUGAGUUCUCCAAAGAGCGAGAAAAGGCCAAGGCUCGGGGAGAUUUUCAAAAGCUACGUGAGAAGCAACAGUUGGAGGAAGACCUGAAGGGCUACCUGGACUGGAUCACCCAGGCUGAGGACAUUGACCCAGAGAAUGAGGAGGAAGGAGACGAGGAGGGCAAGCGUAACCGGGUCACGCUGGCUGACCUCACUGAGAAGAAGAAAGGAGUGUUUGGCUGGUUCACUCAGUCCACAGAGACACAGGCGAGCAUGCCCACUAGUGAGACAGAGUCGGUGAACACAGAGAAUCAAAAUGGAGAGGAAGACAAAUCAACGUGCUGUGGACCGCUUUGUCAAAAAAUUUCUAAGUCAAAGUGCAGUCGUCAGUGGCGGCGAUGGAACCGGUUUUGCCGCAGAAAGUGUCGCGCCGCUGUGAAAUCAGUGACAUUUUAUUGGCUGGUCAUCAUCUUAGUGUUCCUCAACACUCUAACCAUCGCCUCUGAACAUUACAACCAGCCAGACUGGCUGACCGAAGUUCAGGAUGUUGCCAACAAAGUUCUCCUGGCACUGUUCACUAUGGAGAUGCUGGUGAAGAUGUACAGUUUGGGGCUGCAGGCGUACUUUGUGUCCUUGUUUAACCGCUUUGACUGUUUUGUUGUGUGUGGAGGCAUCAUAGAGACCAUCCUGGUGGAGCUGGCCAUCAUGUCUCCUUUGGGCAUCUCUGUUUUUCGAUGUGUUCGCCUCCUUAGAAUCUUUAAAGUUACACGUCAUUGGGCAUCUCUCAGUAACCUGGUGGCCUCACUGCUCAACUCCAUGAAGUCUAUCGCCUCCCUGCUGCUGCUGCUCUUCCUAUUCAUCAUUAUUUUCUCCCUGCUCGGCAUGCAGCUCUUUGGGGGCAAAUUCAACUUUGAUGAGACUGUGACCAAGAGGAGCACGUUUGAUAAUUUCCCCCAGGCUCUGCUCACUGUGUUUCAGAUCUUGACAGGAGAAGACUGGAAUACAGUGAUGUAUGAUGGUAUCAUGGCGUAUGGUGGGCCGGCCUCCUCCGGAAUGGUGGUCUGCAUUUACUUCAUCAUCCUCUUCAUCUGUGGAAACUACAUUCUGCUAAAUGUCUUCUUGGCCAUCGCCGUUGACAACCUGGCAGACGCAGAGAGCCUCAACACAGCACAGAAGGAGGAGGAGGAGGCCAAGAAGAGGAAGAACAGUGCCAAGGAAGUUAGUUUGGAUAAGAAGAGAACUGAAAUAACAGAAGCCAGUGAUGGAGACUCCAAGAUGCCGGCAGGUGUCACGUCAGAAGAAGACGAGUUGUAUCCUUCCAUCGAUUCUCCAGUGUGCGAUAAUGACCCCGAUAAUGUCAACCUCCCAGAAGUGCCAUCUGGACCCCGCCCCCAAAGGCUCUCUGAGCUCACUAUCAAAGAAAAGACUCCGCCCAUCCCGGAAGGAAGCGCCUUCUUCAUCUUCAGCAGCACCAACCCGUUUCGUGUUUUCUGCCAUAAGCUGAUCAACCAUCAGAUCUUUACCAACCUCAUCCUGGUCUUCAUCAUGCUCAGCUCUGUCUCUCUGGCUGCUGAGGACCCCAUACGCAACUUCUCUGCUCGCAAUAUUAUACUUGGUUAUUUUGACUAUGCUUUCACCGCAAUCUUUACUGUUGAGAUCCUGUUGAAGAUCCUAGGCUAUGCAGACUAUGUCUUCACUAGUAUGUUUACAUUUGAGAUCCUUAUUAAGAUGACUGCAUUUGGUGCAUUCCUUCAUAAAGGGGCGUUCUGUAGAAACUACUUCAACCUAUUAGACCUGCUGGUUGUUGGCGUGUCUCUUGUGUCCUUCGGCAUUCAGUCUUCUGCCAUCUCAGUUGUGAAGAUUCUGCGUGUUUUGAGAGUCCUCCGUCCACUCAGGGCCAUCAACAGAGCCAAGGGACUCAAGCACGUGGUCCAGUGUGUGUUUGUGGCGAUCAGGACCAUUGGCAACAUCAUGAUCGUCACCACUCUGCUGCAGUUCAUGUUUGCUUGUAUCGGCGUGCAGCUCUUUAAGGGGAAAUUUUAUCAAUGCACGGAUGAUGCAAAGACCAGCCCGGAGGAGUGCAAGGGUACAUACAUUCUCUACAACAACGGGGACACUGCCCUGCCCAUGGUGAGGGAGAGGAUCUGGUACAACAGUGACUUCAACUUUGACAAUGUCCUCAUGGCCAUGAUGGCUCUCUUUACCGUCUCCACCUUUGAAGGCUGGCCCACGCUGUUGUACAAGGCCAUCGACUCCAACAGAGAGAACAUGGGACCCAUCUACAACUACCGCGUCGAGAUCUCCAUCUUCUUCAUCAUCUACAUCAUCAUCAUCGCCUUCUUCAUGAUGAACAUCUUUGUUGGUUUCGUCAUUGUCACCUUCCAGGAGCAGGGUGAGAAGGAGUACAAAAACUGUGAGCUGGACAAGAACCAGCGUCAGUGUGUGGAAUAUGCUCUUAAAGCUCGUCCACUGCGGCGCUACAUCCCCAAAAACCCCUACCAGUACAAGUUCUGGUAUGUGGUCAACUCCACUGGCUUUGAGUACGUCAUGUUUGUCCUAAUCAUCCUCAACACCUUGUGUCUCGCCAUACAGCACCAUGGUCAGUCCCAUCUGUUUAACUAUGCCAUGGACAUCCUCAACAUGGUCUUCACUGGGGUUUUCACUGUGGAGAUGAUUCUCAAGCUCAUCGCCUUCAAACCCAGAAACUAUUUUGCUGAUGCAUGGAACACGUUUGAUGCCUUAAUUGUUGUGGGUAGCGUGGUUGACAUUGCCAUCACUGAGAUUAAUUCGGCAGCCCUUCCUGUCGUCAAGGUGAUAGUGGAGCCAGGGAACACAGAAGACAGCGCUCGCAUCUCCAUCACCUUCUUCCGCCUGUUCAGAGUAAUGCGGUUGGUCAAGCUGCUGAGCAGGGGGGAGGGCAUUAGGACUCUGCUGUGGACCUUCAUCAAGUCCUUCCAGGCUCUUCCCUAUGUUGCACUCCUGAUCGCCAUGUUGUUCUUUAUAUAUGCUGUCAUAGGAAUGCAGGUGUUUGGAAAAAUAGCUAUGGUGGAUGGAACACAAAUAAACCGCAACAACAAUUUUCAAACCUUUCCACAGGCUGUCCUGAUGCUGUUCAGGUGUGCCACAGGUGAGGCCUGGCAGGAGAUCAUGCUGGCCUGUCUGCCAGGGAAGCUGUGUGACUCAGAGUCUGACUACAACCCCGGAGAAGAGAGAACCUGUGGCAGUGGUUUUGCCAUUAUCUACUUCAUCAGCUUCUACAUGCUCUGUGCUUUUCUGAUCAUCAAUUUGUUCGUAGCUGUCAUCAUGGACAACUUUGACUAUCUAACGCGUGAUUGGUCCAUUCUGGGGCCACAUCAUCUGGAUGAGUUCAAAAGGAUCUGGUCUGAAUAUGAUCCUGAAGCCAAGGGGAGGAUAAAACAUCUUGACGUGGUGACUCUGCUGAGGAGGAUCCAGCCUCCUUUGGGCUUUGGCAAGCUCUGCCCACACAGAGUGGCCUGUAAGCGUCUGGUUGCAAUGAACAUGCCACUGAACAGUGAUGGGACGGUCAUGUUUAAUGCCACUCUGUUCGCUCUGGUUCGCACUGCUCUCAAGAUUAAGACGGACGGUAACCUGGAACAAGCCAAUGAAGAGCUUAGAGCUGUGAUCAAGAAGAUCUGGAAGAGAACAAGCAUGAAGCUGCUGGACCAAGUGGUGCCCCCUGCAGGCGAUGACGAGGUAACAGUGGGGAAGUUCUAUGCCACCUUCCUGAUACAGGACUACUUCAGGAAGUUCAAGAGGCGCAAAGAGCAAGGACUUGUGGGAAAGCGCUCAUGGGAAAAGUUCAACACCACUAUGGCUCUACAAGCCGGCCUGCGCACGCUGCAUGACAUUGGACCAGAGAUACGUCGAGCCAUAUCAUGUGACCUGCAGGAGGAGGGGCUCGUAGAUGCUCCUGGGGAGGAGGAAGAAAUUUACCGGCGUAAUGGCGGUUUGUUUGGGAACCAUGUCAACCACGUCAGUGACGGUCAACAAGGCUCCUCCCACCUGACCACCGUCACCCAACGCCCACUACAGAUCCUGACCUUCUCCAGUAGUUCCUCAGUUGGACAUGCUGAGACUUGCAGGAGCACCAAUGACAGGGGAGGAGAGACAGACAUGAACUCUUCACCCAUCCAGUAUAAUUAUCAUUAUCAUCCCACUCAUCUAAAUAAUUACCCUCACUCCAAUUCCACUUGCAAUCAAUCGCCAAUACCCUCCAAUGCCAACCUCAACAAUGCCAAUGUGCCCUCGCUUCUCUCCAUGACCAGUGGGAGGCAGAAAAAAUGUUUGUUAAGGCGAGAUCGCCCGUCCUCCACCAGAAAUGGAUCGUCAGCAUCCACUUACAGCAAAGGAGCACACAACAAGCCUUGGAAGUCGCACUCCACCAGAGCGCGCUAUUAUGAGGCCUACAUCAGGUCAGAAAGUGGUGGUGGACUUUACCCCACCAUUCGUCGAGAGGAGCCGGCGGGUGGGGACAGUGAUGAUGAGCGAGGCUCAGGAGAGUACUUCAGCGGAGAGGAGUUUCAGGAGGGUGACAUCAUGCUCACGAGGGACAAAUUAUCCAACAAGGAGCAACAAGAUGCAGAGGGAGACUGUGAUGUAGAGGUUUCUAGGGGCAAUCACCAGCCCGAGAGUUACUAUGACGACGAUCAGCAGCUGAUCUCCCAAGACAGCAGGCGGUCAACGAGGAGAUGGUUUUUACCCUCACCUCAGCUCUCCAACAGACCAACAUUUAGAUUUGAGUGUCUUCGCCGAAGAAGUAAUCAGAAUGAUGCUCCUCCCUCUCCGUCCUGCACAACUCUUCCACUACACCUGGUGCAGCAACAGGUGAUGGCAGUGGCCGGUCUUGAUGCCAACAGAAUUCACCGUCUGUCUCCGACGAGGUCGCUGCGCUCCUGGGCCACGCCUCCUGCCUCUCCCAUCAGCAAUGACUGCUCGCCAAGCUACACGCCGCUCAUACAGGUGGACUGGCGCAGUUCCGGCAGUGUCAGCAGCCUCCCUGGAGCAGUCAAGAGGAGUUCAUGGUAUACAGACGGCACAGAAGGCCCUCCGACCUGCAGCCACUCUUCAUCACGUCUGCAUUUACCUGCAGAGAGCUGCUCACACGUCCUGCAGAAGAGAGGCAGUGCCAAUAGUCUGGUGGAAGCUGUGUUGAUCUCUGAGGGUCUGGGGAAAUAUGCCAGAGACCCCAAAUUUGUCUCAGUGACCAAACACGAGAUUGCAGACGCAUGCGAGAUGACCAUCGAUGAGAUGGAGAGCGCUGCCAGUAAUCUCCUGAAUGGGAGUAUGAGUAAUGACACCAAUGGUGGAACAGGGAACGUCAGCUUGGACCCACAAGCCACUACGCUUCUUAGAGACCGUAGUAUCCGUGACUACAGUGAUGAGGAGCCGUACGUGGCAGUGAAAUGUGAGGAGGAUUUAACAGAUGAGAUGAUAUGCAUCACAUCACUAUAGCACCAGCUCACACCGGCUCAUUUACUUUUCAAAUUAACUGUACUACAUUUGUGUUUGAGAGCAUCCUUGGAUAGCUAGGAAAAAACGUAAACCAUGGAUUAAUGACAAGAGAACAAAGUGCCUUGUUUUCUCUUUCUAGGGAGCUGGGAAAUCUGAGAUUCUGAGAAAAUAUUGAAACCAGAUGGAAUUGCCCAGUCUGCUAGGCUUCCUGUUAAACAACAGGAAUUCAACUUGUUUUUGUGGAUACAGCAAAAUAAACUGGCAGUCUGGCAAAGCCAGCGCCAGUUUGUGAAGUUCAUUUCCGUGUCCAAAACUGAGGCGAGUUAAAACCAGAACUGGAGUUAAAUUUAGUUGUUUCAGUUUGAGGUUGUCUGCAUCCAUGCAGUGUUCAGUUAACAAUGUUCAGGAAUGUUGCUAUUGCUCAGUCUUGAAAAUACACAGAUGAGCCAUGAGUCCCACAAACUACGAACAUUUCACAACACUUCCAGAGAAGUCUGUGUGAAAUGUUUUUCGUCAUUGGGUUUAAUCAGAAACACAUUUUACAGGAGAAAAGGGGAUUUUUUUUCUUCCCCACAACAUUCACUCCAGUUUUAAUGACUGGAAGUGUCGUCCUGUCAUGCGUGAGCUGGCUUUGUAUAGCUGUGUUUAUUCUGCUCCAAAAUGUCUUUGUCAGUUCAAUGAUCCUUUGUAGUUUCUUGUCAUGUAUACUGUAUGGUAUAUUAUAUGUUAUUCUAAUCUUUUACUGCUCAUAAGGCCAGAGAACAUUUUCCUCUAUUCUUCACAGCAAAACAUCACAGAGGUUUAUUUUAACUCAUCUCAGUGCACGGGCUCACGGGCUGCACUGGGUUCACAGUUUUCAGGGUUUCAGGGUUUCAGGGUUCAGCGUUGACUUGAAAAGGAAAUCACAUAUCAAUGAAAAAGACUCUGUCCUCAGGCAUAUCCUCCUGUUUCACUGUGUCUGCUCAUAUGACACAGAGAAACGUGCAGCAAGUCGUCCUUUUUGCCCUUUACACCCCUUACACGCUUUGAAUUAGUUUCACACUUUCAAGUACCACAUGAUAAGUGAAGAUGUUGUUUCCAUGUUGUAAACUUUACUUUUUUAACCUUUGAUGAAGCCUCAUAUUACAGUGGGACUCGCUCAGAAUAUGCAGUGAUUCAGUUUACUCACACCUGCCUCAGUUCAGUUGAAAGGUCAUAGGUUCACAGCUGGAGAGCUCUGCUUUGCUUUGCUUACUUCAUUUGACUGGUUUCGACUGCUGCAGUGAUAUUUCUCUCAGGAACAUGAGGGUUUUGUUUCAGAGUCAAAUGAAGUAAAACAUCAUCUGACACAUGGAGGAAGCAUUAGAAUUUUUUGUGUCCCCACCAAAUAUAAAUGCAGAAAAUGGUUGAUGGUUGUACAUAGAGUAACUUUAGAGGGGAAAUAAUUGAUGGUGGUGGUCACCUUUUUUUUUGUAGGAUUUAUUUGAGUGCACGCUGUGUCUGAAACAGCUGAUGGUGAACUACACAAGCUGCUUAGAAAUAGAAACACUGAAGAGGGGUAACAUUUUGCACGUACUAUUCUGCAUCAUACUAUCAGCUCCAUCACUAACCAGUGUUUGUCUCUCACUGCCAACUACAGCAAUGUCUUCAGGUCAACUUUGACAAGACAACAACACUGGGGUUGUGACUGAAACACCGUGCUUUUCUUUUCCUUUUAACUUCAGUCUAAAUAGUGUCGUCAGGGCAACACGUUCAGUCUGUGCAAGCAAAGGGCUUCUUAUAUAAAACCAAACCAGGGGAAUAUUGAGCACCUCAAUAUUCAUAUGUUACACUUGGGCAGACAUGGAAAAGGGUCUGAACAUGAUUCAUCGACUUCAUUGGCCAACAUAGGUGAUAGAAAUGACAUUUUCAUUUUUAUUCAUAAAUUCAUUCAUUAAUUCCAACAAAUAUUAGUGUUAGUACCUAUACAGCUGUGUCGGUUAAUGUGUCACAGGGAAUCUGUUUGACAAUGGCUGAAUUUGCACAAAAUGAACAGAAGAAAGAAACAUUACACAGAGAGAUAUUCUAAAAGAUUUGACCUGCAGUUUUCCGCUAAAUUACACCUGUUUAAAGAUCUUCAAAGACAGGAGAGUCCUCUCAGUGUUUGAGUGACUGGAAUGUGUUGCACUGAAAUGUGACCAGCGCCAGGAACAUGUCACACAAAUGACACACAGAAUCCUUUGUCCACAUCAUUUAAAUGUCUUCAUUUUGUGAAGAUACAGCCUAUAAAUUAUGCUACAUUGACUAUUAAAGAUAUAGUAAUUAAAACUCUAAAAGCCAUAGAUUAUACUUGCUGUGAACACAGUCACUAAUUACUGGAUCAAUGCCAUAUGUUUUGUAAAAGAAACACAACAAUAUACACUUUUAAUGCCAUCGUAGGUCUUUUAAUAAAGUCAGAAUUUCUAGGCUAAUUGUUUGUACAGUUCAGAUGUUGUUUACUUAGCGAAUUGAAAAUAAACCUGAUGGCUCACAACAUGUCAGCACAGACACCAGAGAAGAAUCUGCCGUUUAAUCACAGGACAAUUAUUUAAAUGUUUUAUCAAAGAAGUGUAGUGUCAAAAAACACAAAACCUUUGUUGUGCAACUGACAGCUUUAUUUUUUUGUACUGUUCCACGAUGAAAUGGCGUAUACAAAUUUGUACAGUGUUUGUAAAAAGUGAUGAACUUGAACAUUUCUGCUUUCUACCUAUUUGUUGUACGACAAUGGAAAUAAAAACACAGCUCCGUCUACUCUGUAGCAAGUACUAGAACCUUUGACAUUUUGUAUCGAUUAAACAGAAACCCAGUUUUGUACAUUUGAAUCUCACCAAACAAUGGACCUUGUUCGUUAAGGAUUUUUGUAAGGACCAAAAAUAAAGUUACGAGACAAAGUC